UUGGGUAUAGACGCAUCGCAAUCACCAGCGCUGCCCGUGUCGUUAUGAUGGCGGGCUCUGAGUUGAUUUGGAAAAUAGUGACAACGUUUUGGCUCUGCUGUUCUUACAUGGAAUUGGGUAUCUGCUUCUUUUUAAUCGGACCCACCCAACUGGACAUCCGCGACCAAAAUGGCGUCGAUUACAAAACGACAGCGUGGAUAUACAUUUCUCAGGGUAUUGGUAUCAUAUGCGGUUUGCUCCUGAACUGUCUUCAUGUUUUUACACGCCUUGAUGGUCAGUUCACGAUUGGACUGAGUUGCCUGUUGGCAUCCGUAGGAACUUUCGUGGCAGGCUGGAGCAGGAAUUUCUUCCUCACAAACGCCGGUUUCUUUGUUCAAGGGAUUGCUAUUGGUGUGGUUGAAACAGUUGGAUUCUUCGUGUGCGAAGAGACCUGGGCCAGCAAAGCCCCCGCAAUGUUCCAGGCCACAGUGGCGGGUAUGGGGCUCGGGUCGCUACUUGCCACCUACCUCGCUACCAAAUUCUCGUCAUAUCACUCGGCUACAACACCUGAAAAACCCGAAGUUCACUCGAACCUAUCCAGUGCUUCAGAAAAUACAGUAAUGUCCAGUGUUGCACAGAACUUCUCAAGCGGGUUUCUUUCGACACGUGACGCCUCAUCCAAUCAAGUACGAUUCGCGUACGUCAUUACCAGCGCCAUGCUUCUCACAACUUCGUUGUGGUUUUUGGGACAACAUGUCGUUAGAUGGCGCCCCAGUUUCAAGACGGUGUCCUAUGAAAAUCUAAACGCGGAGGAUUUGAAUGCUUCACAAAAAGAAAAAAGACGCUCGAGUUGGUAUUUUAUCUGUGCUCUGAACGCACUACUGGUUUGUCUGGCCACUGGUGAGCAGAAUGUGUUGGGAAACCUCCUCCCGAUGUAUGUCUUCCUAACGUAUAGGGCGCAAAACCCGCACUUUACUACUGUCCUCUGGUGUGGGUUUCUAGCAUCACGAUUUGCUUGCGUAUACAUCACGUUAAAGAUAGGAACUCGCAACGUCAUGUUUUUAAGUUUGAUAUUUGCAACAGUAGGAGCUUUGAUGUUCAUGGUUUCUUUCGGAAACAUUGCCCUUCUUUGGGUGAGUGUGAUCAUCCUUGCCUGGGGCAUUGGCCCCACUUUCCCCGCCAGCGUCACCUGGGCUAAAGAGAACCUCGGGAUCGGUCAGGGGGGCCUGAGUCUGAUCUUCAUCCUGGCUACCAUCAGUCAUGCAGGCCUUGGCGCAAUUGCGACGUAUAUUCUCUCAGUUGCUUCACCGUGGUAUUAUGGUUGUAGUGUCUUUGUGUUAACGGGAACAAUGUUAGUCAAUGCCGUGGGUAUCGCUUGUUUUAACAACUUUACAAACUCCAUAAAACAUUAGCUCCAGGUGAAAGUCAAUUGAUUUGGUGAAACUCCUGCGACAUCCCCAUUGAUCAGAAAUCUUAGCGCAUAUGAAAUUUGUCAGGACUCAGUCACAAUGGGCGAAUAUUCACAAUUCUAAAAUAUCUGAUUUGGCUUCACGUCGAUCGAGAAUCCAUGUUCGAAAUUUUUACCAGUGUCAAAGUCCUGCAUUUUUCUGCGCCAGUAACCGAAUCACUGCUUGAACUGGCCGCCAUUGAAUCUAAAUGUGCUGAAAUACCUCAUCCACGAAACGAUUGGAA